GUGUAGCAAGCCGACGCCAUCAGCGCCAUUUGUGAAAGAACUGUGCUAGGGGUUGGACGCCGUCGCUGCACUGUCCGUGUGUGUGAAGUUUUUUUUAUUUCUAAGACUUGGUGUUAAAUUUCACCAAAAUUCAGUGUAUUAGGUGAAUUUCAGCGUCAUUGAGUGAAGCGGGAAACGGUAGCGUCGUCCAAGAUGGCGGACGAUGAGCAAUUCUCUCUGUGUUGGAAUAAUUUCAACUCCAACUUAUCAGCGGGAUUUCAUGAAUCGCUGCAGCGUGGCGAUUUGGUGGAUGUGACAUUGGCUGCCGAAGGCCAAUUAGUACAAGCACAUCGUUUAGUGUUAUCAGUAUGUUCUCCGUAUUUUCGGAAAAUGUUUAACCAGAUGCCUAAGAAUCAACAUGCUUUCGUUUUCCUGAAAGAUGUUACCCACGCGGCACUUCAGGAUCUCAUACAGUUUAUGUACUGUGGGGAGGUGAACGUGAAACAGGAUGCCCUACCCGCCUUUAUCAGUACCGCCGAAGCAUUGCAAAUUAAAGGAUUAACAGAAACGGGCGACAGCGCACCACCACAACAGUCGCCCGCCAAAGAAGAAGUUUCUGCGGUCCCUGCGACGACAGCCAGUAUUUCUACCACCGUCCCAGCGGCUUCCCAACGAAUAAAGAGUCAGCGAAAUCGCGUUCAAUCGUACAAAAUAGAGUCGGAAGAAAGUGGCGAUGAUAAAAUAGUACAUAUACAAGCCAGUACAUCUCAUCAUGUGUCAGCGCAGCAACUCCAGGCACAGACAAACAUUAGCUCUCAAAAACGUACCAUGUCACAGCGCGGUGUUACAAGCCAUGCGAUGAAGCGCCCGAAAAUUUCGAUCAGUGCUAGUAGCGACGGAAUGGACACUUCAGACAACACACACACACCGGCACAAGCACAGACGGUACAGACAGUGCAAAUAGUGAAACAAAUUCCUGCUCAAGUGAUCGAACCGGAAUACAUUGAACUCCCAAUGGAAUCAAUAAAUCCAAAGGCAGAACCAGACUAUACCGAUGAGACCGCUGAAAUCGAGACGGUUGAUGCUGAAACGGAACAGGAACACAAACUAUCGGAACAUGACCAGGGAGAUGGCGAUGAUGACGGACACUACGUUGAAGAUGAAACGUACGGAGACAUGGCUAUGGGCAAAUAUGAAGAAUCAUAUCUAACGGAAGGCGAGGAUGGAGCGAAACCUGGAGCAUCUGGAUUUGUGGAUUCUUAUACAUCGGACGGCGGAACUGGCACGGAACAAUCGACACAAGAUCAAGGAUCACUAUUGCGGUCCACUGGUGUAGAUGCUUGCAAUUCCGCUACUAGGAUGGAUUUAUUAAAAACGAUCAAGACAGAAGAAGAUACCAUUGUGAAGGACGAGUUAAUGGACAAUUUCCAGUUAGCUUUGCGCAGUUCUAAUGUCAAUGAGGCCAGUUCCAUCGCCACGAAUUUGUCCGAACUUGUUGACAAUGCUACACCAAAAACUCUUAGCGUCACUUCUACGCGUAACAGUACAAGGCUGAUGGGAAGGAAAGAUGUAACUGUCCUCUCCCGGGAGAAGCGCAAGGACGAUAACUCAGUUGUGAACAAAUUCCAUGAGCUAAAGAAGAGCAGCGGUUCCCCUGCGCAACGCAGUAGAUGCGUAACUUGUUUUAACAGGACCAUUUUGGAAUCGGAGCGAAUGCCCAAGCCCAAAACUAAAUGGGUCACUACCUUCUGUGCUGAUUGUCCAGGGAAACCAUUUUUAUGUAUUCUUUGUUUCAGCAGAAUACACUGCAACAACAGCAUAGGUAUAAGGGAAGUAUUAUAGUACUGGUGGAUUCGGCCAUUGUUGAAUACCUUUCAAAAUAGUUUAUUUAGAAGCUUACAUGUAGUUACAGUAUGCAUAAAUUCAUUCCUUAUCAAAAUGUUAUGUGUGAUAACAUUUUUACGGACUUAGGUUCGGUUUUGCUUGUUCAACAAGUUUUACGUGCAGACGGAAGUCAAACAAGAUGUAAUGUUAUAUUUUAAAUUUUGGAGAUCUAUUUGGACGAUCUUACGAGAGAAUUGUGGGUACACUCAAGAUCCUAGCACAUGUGUAAUCAAUACACAAACAAUUAAUAUCUUCUAAACAGGAUAUAAUAGAACGUGUCAUGGAUGCGGUUGUCUGCCUGAAUUUCAAAAUGCAGACGCAGGAUUUCGCUCGUGGUAUAGAGCACGUUGGAUAAUGUGAUUCAUUAAUAUCUGGUUAUCGUUUAAAGUUAAUUUAAACACACAAGUGAGGAGUACCGUUAUUAUACCAACCAAAUCAAACUGCUAUGCAUGCUACAUCAGUGCCGAGAGUACGUAAAAUGCCCUGAGAAAAUGAAAAUUCAAAUGUUAUUCAAUAGCUGCCCAUCGCACGCUUAUUGAAUUACCCUUACAUAGGAGUAAGAAAGUUAUAGAAAUUCUAAGUGGUAGCAGAGUUAGAAUAAAUCGAUUCAAUAGGCUUUCGUUUAUUGAUGUUCGCGGCAAGGGAACAUUUUUUUCACAGUGAUACUUACGUCACAGAACGAAAGCUUUCAUUUAGUUAAAAAUAACCAACGGAAAAAUAGCUAUUUUUGCGUUGUGUUAGCACAACAAUAUUUCGUUUUUGUAUUAAAGUUCAGGUAAAAGGUAGACGAUGCUCUUUAUCCUUGAACUACCAGCUAGGAUUAUAUGAAUAAGAAUUGAUAGUCAGCCUUUCUGCGACGGCAGAUUGAAUUAUAUACAGUGUUAACAUUGAUUAGCACUUUAAAAUUACAUUUCAGUUAUGAUAACGUGCCCAAGAUGGGAAUUCCAGUAGAUAGUAGAACAUUAUUACAAGAAAAUGCGUAUUUUCAACGUGUGCACGUGUGCCUUGAUAUUUUCUCUAAAAGAUAUCUUCUAAAACAAGUAAAUUUUGAAAAUAAAGCGGACUAUAGUCUCUAUGAAGAA